AUGGCAAUUCUCACGGUCAAUCAACACGCUUCUCUGAUGGCGUCUAGUGUCCUCCAUUCAUUGUGCCCGUUUAUGGAUCAGCAAGGGGUGUUACGAGUGGAUGGCCGCAUUAAAGCGGCAAAAAAAGUAGCAUCUUGUAUGAAGUUCCCGAUAAUUCUUCCAAAUCAGCAUCGCCUUACACUGUUAAUAAUUGACGAAUAUCACCGUCGAUUCCGUCAUGCCAACUUUGAGACAGUAGUAAACGAGAUCCGCCAAAGAUACUACGUGUCACGACUGCGACCUGCAGUUAGAAAAGUAACUAGUGGAUGUCAACGAUGUAAAAUUGACAAGGCAAAGCCCUAUAUUCCGCGUAUGGCUCCUCUUCCACCAGCCCGUCUUGCCGCCUGUAUCCGUCCAUUCUCAUAUGUGGGAUUAGACCUUUUUGGUCCUCUUUUGGUUAAAGUUGGCCGAAGUGAUGUGAAAAGAUGGAUCGCAUUAUUCACGUGCCUUACUAUUCGCGCGGUUCAUGUGGAAGUGGUAUACAGCUUAACUAGCAAGUCUUGUAUCGAAUGUGUCCGCCGUUUCAUUGGCAGACGAGGAAGUCCUCUUGAAAUCUAUUCGGAUAAUGGAACCAACUUUAGAGGUGCAGCACGAUUACUACGAGAACAGACAGAAGCACUAAGGGCCAUAAAUGAGAAUCUUGCUAGUACGUUCACUAGUGCAACGACAAAAUGGUUGUUCAUUCCACCGGCCGCGCCGCAUAUGGGUGGCGCGUGGGAGCGUAUGGUGCGCUCGGUAAAAACGGCAAUGUUUGCGGCAUAUGAGGGUAAUAGAAAGUUGACAGAUGAAGGUUUACUAACCCUGGUGAUCGAAGCAGAAGCCAUCGUAAAUAGCCGUCCAUUGACGUAUCUACCGCUGGAGUCAGCGGAAAGCGAAGCUAUAACUCCUAAUCAUUUUUUUUUUGUUACCGCUACCGAAACAACAAUGACACCAGGCCGCUCAAACCCACCGAAGACACGAGCAAAGAAGAGCAUAUACAAGCUGUGGCAACUAUAG